AUGCCGUGGUUGACGUGGCACGUCGGCGGGGAUGUCUAUCCAAACUUUUGUUAUCCCAGAUUUGUGCAGGGCUCUUCCUUCAUCAUCUCCCGCGGGGCUGCUAAGUCGAUUUUGACGAAUAUUUGUCGAUUUCCGUGGAUACAUUUGGACGAUAUCCAUCUGGGCGUAAUGUCUUCUUGUCUCAACAUCAAGCUUCUCCACGAAGAAGGCUUCGACCAUCACACCUUCGAUGAUUUUGUCGUCUUCCACUACCAAUAUUCCCGAUAUACCGCAGAUUAUUUGAAGGGCUUGUGGCGGAAUUCACGUUUUGGCCAUAAA